GGAAGAAAGGAGACAUCUUCACAACAAUAUACGAUGCUCUUGCCAAAGACCUGCUAGAGGCUCUGCAAGGCAGAUUGCAAAUAUACACCUGAUCACAUACACACGAUUACAUGGCGCCCAUUCCUAGUGUCAGCUUUGCAUCAGGAUUUCUUGGAAUUCUACUAUUAUUGUAGCACACAUUGAUCCGAGCCAUUCAUCUAAUAUGGAAAUCUGCCUUCCAAGGCAGAUUGCUUCGAGAAGCCAGCAGUUUCCCUCGUAAAUCACCCAUUUGUGCUACCAUAUGCAGGCCAUUCAACGCUAGUCUACAUUACGAUUUCAGCCAAUAGUCAUACGAAAAUUUUCAAGAAUUCAGCCCCCCUCGUACUUGUUUCAUCAAUCUCACGUCAAGGUUGACUUUCAUAACACCCCGUGUCAUUUCCUAUUCUCUCACACACGCCGUUGCUAGAAGUUCAUUGUCAAGAAUCGAUGAUUGGUGAGAAUUAGCUACAAUAUUCGACGUAAAAUGCGCAGCAGAUAUCUGUCUUGAACUAGAUUUGAGGCCCGAUCCAUCAACAAGGCUGGCGGAGAUAUCAAUGUUCAUCCCACCACAACAUUUUCUUGUGCGCCCGUUGUUACGAUCGCAAUAUAGAAACCCACAAUCCGUGCCUCAAUGUCCAAAUUGCUACUUUGGGUCACAGCGGUCGCAGCUUGAGAAGAUUUGCCACAAAUGAUGACAACCUUCGCACAUGAAAUUGUCGAGUUCGAAGGCAUGAUUUACUCAGCCACUACAUUCUGCUUCGCUUUGGGGGUAAUUUCCUAAUUGAAGCAGAGCCUCAUACAAUUCGUUCUCGGGCUCCAACAUAUUAAUUUGAGAAAUGCCCAAGGGGUUCUCAAAGACAAAAGUAAUGUUUCAAGACUUCGACGACUAUCAAUCAGCGAUGGAAACUCGCAUAGCUCCAGUCAUUCGAUGACUUCAACACUCUUCAUCCCAGAUGCGUCUCCUACGAAUCAAGCCAGCCGAUCCAUGAAUCACAGUCCAAGUAGCAGUACGGGUCGCAAUGGAUCAACACAUAACCCCUGGAAUAAGAAAUAUAUUCUCACGCUAGACGGCGGAGGUGUGCGUGGUCUAUCCAGUCUACUUAUCAUUCAAAAUCUUAUGGCACUUUGUAAUUCUUUUGAGCAGAGUCAAGAUCAGUUGGUCAAGUCGAGUUUUCAUCCACUACCAUUCCAACAAGGUCAAGGAUCGAUUACCAACAGCAAAGAGUCAAGAAGUGCACACUUCUCGCCGGUACAUUAUUUUGACUAUAUUGGCACAAGUACUGGUGGAUUGAGUGCUAUUAUGCUCAGUCGACUACGAAUGAACAGUGAUGACUGCAUCCAAGAAUACGAGAAUCUAGGAGAAAAGAUAUUUGGUCAACCACGAAAGCUUUCAAUGCGUGGUCCAAUACCAUGGAAUCGGGAAAAAUACGACCAUCGCAAACUUGAGGAAUCUAUAAAAGAUGUUUUGAAAAGAAGAGACUGGAAAGAAGAUCAAAUUGCAGACUCUAUUUAUCCUUCAAACAAAGACCGCUGCCGGACAAUCGUUUUAGCGGUCCGAGAAAACAACUCGGCCAACGCGCCUUACCUUUUUCGAACAUACGAACAUGUUAAAUCAGAAUUCAACUAUUCUGAAGAGCUCAAUCCCGGCCCCCCGCUUCACAUCCCUAUAUGUCAAGUCACCCGAGCAACUACUGCAGCGCCGACAUAUUUCAAACCAUUUCAACUACUUAAUGAUCGCUUCGUAGAUGGAGGAUUUGGUUAUAAUAACCCCACUUCUAGAACGUUUGCAGAGGUCGAACAAGUACAUGGCAAAGGCGCUGUCGCCCUCACACUUAGCAUUGGUACUGGUCGACCUACAAAAGUCCAACCAAUAGCCGGGCAGAACAGUGGACUCAUAAGCCAUUACCGACAAAUGAUCAAAUAUACCGCGGCUACAACGACUGACUCUGAAAAACCCAUGAAUAUGUAG